UAGCCUAAAUGUCCUGAUUGUGUUUGUUGAGAGGAAUGAACUUUACUCUGACCCACACUGUUUGUACCCUGGUGAAGCUUGUUAAGCAGGGAUUGCCUGAAUUGGAAAUUUCUCUUCUACCUUCACCUUACGAAUAAGGAGAAUUAAAAUGAGAGACUUUUGUACGGGCUCCUCUUCCUUUGCCCGUUUGAGAUAAUGCGAUCACCUGAUGAUUGGGAGCAACCUUUGUACCGCAGCAAAGAUCAAGGUAUUCUCCAGUGAGUCAUCCGUGCUGUCUGUGUGCAGUGGGUGAGGUUGUUGUGAGAAUUGUGGAAUUUUAACAAUCUCCACUGUGACUCUGGAGUGAUUCAUCGUAGUGCAAGGUGGCUCGUGAAGGCAGAAGCCUGAGUAGACGGCGCGGCAAAUGUUCAGCAGGGUAACCAAGACACAAGUGUCAAGACACCAACAUGUUGAACAACUGUAGUAUAACAUCACAGUGUCUAUACUCGGUGCUCUGACUGAUGAAGACCAGCCUUCUUCACCUACCUUGACUACCGUCACUGCAGGACUUGUAUGUGUCCAGGACAAAGAAAGGAGGCAGGAGAAGGCUCAGGAGCUUGAAGACUCGUACAGCCAGAUUUGGGAACAGCUUCUUUCCAACUGUGACAAGACUGCUGAACGGAUCCUGACCCGGAUCUGGGCCGUACCCUCCAAAUAUCCGGACCUGCCUCUCGGUUUGGUUGCCUGGCCUUGUCAUUUGGUUGUACCCUGGGAUUGAAGUGAAAGCCACCCCUGGCCGUCUGCCCCAUGCACACACACAGUGUGAUGGCCAGUCCGCAGGAGGCUCUGACCUGGUCGCCCCCCUCUAACCUCAUCAACCAGAACCUGAAGGAAGAGCUGGGGACGCCGGGGCAAAGGGCCAGGGUCCGAGGAGUGGAGCACAAGCCGGCGUACUCUCCCCCUGAGAUCCUGGAUAACCUGCAGGAGAAGGGGCUGCCCCAUGGGGACAAUUCCAACCACGCCGUCACCGUCACCGUGCUGACCAGCCUCAGCGAGGACUCCCGCGACCACUUUGAGAACAGCGUGUUGCAGCUGAGGGAGCACGAGGAGGCGGGGCCCACCAGGACCACCGAGGACGGGAAUGGGAACGGGGACGGUGGCGGAGGCGGUGACGGUGACCGCAGCAAGCCAGAUGAAGUGAGGGUUCACUAUAACCGCACGGGGUCGGGGUCGGGCUCCGGCUCGGGUGGAUUCCUGGAGGGGCUGUUUGGCUGCUUAAGGCCAGUGUGGAACAUCAUCGGAAAAGCCUAUUCCACGGAUUAUAAACUGCAGCAGCAAGAUUCCUGGGAGGUGCCCUUCGAGGAGAUCUCGGAGCUCCAGUGGCUGGGGAGCGGAGCUCAGGGAGCCGUCUUCCUCGGAAAGUUCCGGGGCGAAGAUGUGGCCAUCAAAAAAGUCCGGGAGCAGAAGGAGACAGACAUCAAGCACUUGAGGAAGCUGAGGCAUCCGAACAUCAUCGCGUUCAAGGGGGUAUGCACGCAGGCCCCGUGUUACUGCAUUAUAAUGGAGUACUGUGCCCACGGGCAGCUGUAUGAGGUCCUAAGGGCCGGCCGGAAGAUCAGUCCCCGCUUACUGGUGGAUUGGUCCUCAGGAAUCGCCAGCGGAAUGAACUACCUACACCUCCACAAGAUCAUCCACAGGGACCUCAAGUCACCCAAUGUGCUUGUUACCCAUGACGACGCUGUGAAGAUCUCUGACUUCGGCACCUCCAAGGAGCUGAGUGAUAAGAGCACAAAGAUGUCCUUCGCUGGCACUGUAGCCUGGAUGGCCCCUGAGGUGAUUCGCAACGAGCCUGUGUCGGAGAAGGUGGACAUUUGGUCGUUCGGUGUGGUGCUAUGGGAGCUGCUGACCGGGGAGGUGCCCUACAAGGAUGUGGAUUCCUCAGCCAUCAUCUGGGGUGUGGGCAGCAACAGCCUACACCUGCCCGUCCCUUCCACCUGUCCUGACGGCUUCAAGAUCCUCAUGAAGCAAACCUGGCACAGUAAACCUCGCAACCGGCCGUCCUUCCGGCAGAUCCUCCUCCACCUGGACAUCGCAUCGGCUGACGUGCUUGGAACCCCUCAGGAGACCUACUUCAAAUCCCAGGCUGAAUGGAGGGAAGAGGUGAAGAAGCACUUUGAAAAGAUAAAGAGCGAAGGAACGUGCAUCCACCGGUUAGAUGAAGAAUUGAUCAGACGGCGGAGAGAGGAGCUGAGGCAUGCCCUCGACAUCAGAGAGCAUUACGAAAGGAAGCUGGAGCGAGCCAACAAUCUCUACAUGGAACUCAGUGCCAUCAUGUUGCAGCUGGAGAUCAGAGAGAAAGAACUCAUCAAACGUGAGCAAGCUGUGGAGAAGAAGUACCCCGGGACGUACAAGCGGCACCUGGUCAGGCCAAUAAUUCGCACUAACGCUGUCGAGAAGCUGAUCAAGAAGAAGGCAUCAAACCACAAGCCUGGGGCCCAGGGGAAACGGCCCGACCUCCUGAGGUCAGAUGGCAUCGUGCCAAGCGUAGAAGUUGGCCCGACUCACACGCCCACCCCCGGCAGCCCCAAGGUGUCCACCCCGCCGGGGAAGACGAGGUACCGCGGGAAGCAGCGGCACCGGCGGGCCAACAGCAAGGGCAGCCACCAGGAGCUGGCAGGCUUCCUGCGGGCCAUCGCGGGCCCGGAGCAGUGCGUCCUGCAGCACCAGCACCGCCUGGGCGACGCGGCCAGCUGCGUGCACAGCCUCAAGUACUUCGGCCCAGCGGCUGUCCUCAGGAGCCCUCACACCGAUCGCCUGCAGCUGAGGCUGUCCGGCUCCAGCCCCGACCUCAUCUCCACCACGCUGACGGCCGGCUGCCGCAGGCGGGGAUCGGAGAGCGGCCAGGUCACGGACUGUGGGCACGGAGCUGCCGGUCAGGGCGCCACCUGUCGGGACUGUCGGGAGCACAAGGGCGGCGUGAAGGCCGAGAGACCACCCAGCGGGUACAAGCCGGCCCCCGGUCUCUCCCAGACUGCGGCGCACCACCCCGCAGUGCAUUACAAGAACCCCAGGCUCCCGGAAAACAACAGGCCUUCAGAGGAGAGGCAGGCAGACAGCUCCAAAGCAGGGUCGUCUCUGAGCACUGCUCAGCAGCACACCACACCCACACUACCUCGUAAGCCGAGAGCCCCCAGAAAGGAGAAUGGAGACGAGUCUUCGGAGGAGGAAGAGGGAGAAGUGGACAGCGAGGUGGAGUUCCCUCGCAGGCAGAGGCCCCACCGCUGCAUGAGCAGCUGCCAGUCGUAUUCCACCUUCAGCUCGGAGAACUUCUCAGUGUCGGACGGGGAGGAGGGCAAUACCAGUGACCACUCGUACAGUGGCACCCCCGACGGGCUGAGCAACAACAACGAGGAGCGGAUGGAGGAGAAGCUUGAAGACAUGCUGUCACACACCCCGGAGAUCCCCAUCGAGAUAUCCACGCAGUCCGACGGACUGUCCGACAAGGAGUCGGCAGUGCGCAGGGUGAAGACUCAGAUAUCGCUGGGGAAGCUGUGUGCGGAAGAACACUGCCACGAGAACCCCGGCCCCUUGGCAGAAUCGGAGUGCGACUCCUCGGAGGCUGAGUGUUCAGAUGCGACCGUCCGCCGAGGGAAAGCGUGCAGCUCGUCCACCUGGUGAGGACUGGCACAGGCAGGGAGUGAGUUCUGCCUGGAGAGUGUGUGGAAAGGUCAAGGAGAACACACGCUCACACACACAAAAGACUAUCUGAACAUCCCAUGGGAACAAACUGCAAUAACACAGAGACUCGAGACUCUUCGAUGUCAAGUUGUGAUGAAGUAAUUGUAGAGUUCACCAUCAUUUCAAUCAAGUAUGGCAGGGAUCCACUUUGUUCAAUAAUGUAGCUAGUGUAACAUUAACAAUUUAUUUUUGUUUGACACUUCAUACUGUAAAAAUAUCAAGUACUUAAGAGACAUGGAAGGGCAAAGAAGAUGGACAAGACAUCGCUAGUCUUAAUCGUUAUACUGCAUGAAGCCCAAGGCUCAGGGCAAAAGAUUAUGGACCAACAUUAACCUGUACUGCUGCUUCAGCCUGAGACUGACCGAUGUAACAGGGUAAAAAGAGACCAAACUGGGUCAGGGCUCACAGGAUGAGGCUACUCCCGUCACUCACAGGUGCAGACAAAACACUGAAGAUGCACACUUCAGCCUUACGAACACUAACUGGUUCAGUGUAAAGGCAAAAGGCCUCGUUGGGGGGGUGGCAUUGGAAGGAGUUUGACAGCCAGCAAAGCGCCACUCUCUGGGGAACUCAGCUGAGUGACACUGGUCAGAGAGCUGGGACGGCAGUAAUGAACAAAACUGUCUGCAGAAGGGAUCCAGACACCACAGGAGUGAGCGGGCAAAUUAUCGAAGGGUUCCCUCUGUGAGGUGUGGAGCACCAAACUGCAGAUACCUUGCUGCGAGGGGGUGGGGAGCUGAGAGAAAUCUACACAAAGCAAAGCAACUAAAUUUGAGGCUACUACCUCAACCCCAUCUGUAGCUCUUCCCCUGUCAGUUGCAGAAGUUCCCAUUGUCUCAUCAUUCCUAGUGGUUCUGAGGAGCGUGUCCCUAACGUGCAUUGUGCUUUGAGUGGGGAAAAGGCCUUCUUAAUUUUAGAAAUCCGAAAAACAAAACAAGUAGAAACUGGAAAUAUUCUGCACGCCAGUCAGCGUCCACGGGAAACUGAAAAGCAUUUGGCUGAUUCUUUUCUGGCCCUGUAUCCUUCAACGAGACCACAGAGAAGCUCGAGACCAAAAUGUAGACCGACUGAAACCUGUGCUUAACUCGGUCCGUCAGAACAUUUUGCCUGAAUGAUGGCAAAGUUUCGGUGCCCAACCGGAAACAGGCCAGGAUGAUCCAGUAAGUCUGAUUCUGGCCCUGGGCCCCAGUGACCAGCACUCAAAUACGGCCUAUAACAAAGUGGGUGACACCUGCUUCUGUAAGAAUCUGUCAGCACUUGGCCUCUUCUUUGGAGGAGAGUUUAGUUCUUUUGGGAGACCAGUGCUGACCUCAGGCAGCGGAAGGUGGCUGUCACAGAGUAGUCAGGGGCACCACUCUGAAGGCGAUGGUACUGACUGGGGUGUGGCUGACAGGUUGGUUGUAGAGGAAUUUUACUAUGUAUCCAACCUAUGCUGACACCACCCAUGGAGUGUGUGAGGGGAAAUGCACUCUGUCCAACCCAUGCCCUGAAAAUGUUCAGUGGGACACUGCAGAGGGAGCUUUACCGUCCCUACCCUGGGAAAUAUUUUUCAAGGAACUCCCCACUCCCUUCUCUUCCUCAUCCUCAAGUUCUUCUUUUCCUCCUCCUCUUCCUCCAGUCCUCCUCAAACUGAAGGCAGGUUGGGUGAUGUUGCGAGAGAGGGCAGCUGAGUGAGCACAUCCGCCGCCCCCUCUCUCCCUCCUUUCCCGUGAACGUGUCCCAGGAAUGCACCAGGCGACGUAGGCAGGGUCUGUCACCAAAUCUCCCAUAUUGCUCCGACUGAUCCUAGAUGAGGCAGGUCAAGCUGGGAUGAGGGCUGAGACCCCGAAACGAAAUGCCCAUCGAGUGGGCGCCUCCGUCAGCUGCCUCCCCUGCCUUGCUGGACGCUGCAGUAUUGGUUGCCGUGAAAAGUUAGCCCAGAACAAGUUCCUCUCCAAGCACAAGGUCCAUCCGUCGCCGACCGAUACAACAGCUGCCCCUCCCCAGGACGUGCUCCUCAUUGCUUCAUCGGAUGGGGAAGCUGGUUUACAUGGUGUCGGACCAAGCAUCGACCAUUCCACCGGGAAACCGGUCUCGGGAGCCCUCCCGGACGGAGCUCACCAUUAUUUCAUCGCCUCAGAGGUGGGGGUGGCUCUGGCUUCUCCACAGGAAGAAAUGAAUUGUUGUAAACUGAUGAUUUCUGCUUGGCCUAGUGUUCGGUGGGAGAUACGCCCUUCUGUCAGCACAGGCUUCAGUCUGAGCCACCUUGCUCUGUCCGUUCAGGGCACUGUGUUACGAUGUGCAAAUGUCAAAACCUCCAGAGAAGCACGUCCCUUUCAGGCUUUUACUCUGCUAACUAUCUUCCAGUUUUGAUUGUGUGUUAUUUAGAUCCCUGACAUUUGGCUGACUGAGGCAGUGGGCAACUCGGAGAGACCCACCAUCGGCUGCAGGCUGCAGGGAACGGUUCGUUCCGGUGUGAUGAGUAAAUUUGUUCAUGAUACCGUGGAUAACCUGUAAGCCCUUGGAUAUCAGGUGGAGAGAAUCACAUCCCCCCCUCCCCCCCAGCCCCCAUGAGGCUCCAAAGGGAGAAUGUUCUGUCUGUGUGUCAGCCCAUGACCAGAGAAUGGUCACUUGGAUAGGAUUCCUGUGUCCCUUCUGAAAUAUUUACCCUGGGAGGACAGUGAGUUCCCAAUGUCAAGUGACACCCUUGUGAUUCAAUGAUGGGUGUUGUGUUUCCCUGCCCUCUCUCUCACUGGACCCCUCUACACCCUGGUGACUCACACUCUAGCCUAGAGGGUGACAUUCAGUACUUCUGCCCGUAUCUUUCCCCCGGCACUGUGGAUUUGAAGACCUGUAUCGCAAGGCAAACAUCAAAUUCAGAUUAAAAGCCCUUGGAUCCCUCAAGUUAGAUUAGAUCCAGCCAGCACCAUAUAUAACAUGUAUCACAUAUAUCUGAACAUACCGAUCAGUUCCCACACUGAUGAACGUUCUAUGUAGAAACAACCCAAUUUCCCCACCCUUCACACUGAUUAUAUGCAAAUGUAACUCGUUCCUGCGUAAUUAUCACUCUUUAUCUAAAUAGUGUGACACCUGCAGCCUAGGCCGUCACUGUCCCUGUCAGUGUUGACUGGGUGAAUGAUAUUUCUCGUUAAUAUCUCUGAGAUGCAGGAAGCGUGUUUACCGGUAAUUGAUGGGGCAACUGGAUCUCGGAAGCAGUCCAGUUCCAGGAAAGCCCUUGGAUCCCUCAAUAUACCACUGCGUGAGUAGUUCAGUUGUCCUGUGAGAGCAGACCAAAGCAAUUGUGAGCAAGAGGACCUCAGGAGAGCAGAGAACUGUGCGUCGCAAAGACAUCCUAACUUGCUCAAUCCCUGCGUGUGCAGAGAUGCCAAUUGGACUUUUCCACUAGUUCAUGUAGCUGUCUGUUCCUCAGCGCCUUGCAGGAUUAUUUUACCCUCAAAUAUUUAUUUAGUACACUUCUGAGAGAUUUACAUUGGUGAAGUAACCAAACUGGCAGUGUUGGAAAAGCCUGAAUCGGAUAGUCUGGAUGGUUCUUGCUCUCUCCAUAUGUAAUGUAUAAUUGCUCUUUUCAUAUUUGUUUACAGUCUGUGGAAAUGUAGACUCUAAUCAUUCUUUCACAGAUUUUAGCACCUGUGUAAUUUUACAAUGGCUCAUUAAUGCAAAAACAGUAUCAGAUCAUUUUAAAUUAUUCUUUUUGGUUCUGUAGCUGGACUACAUCAGAAUUCUUAACUUAUCACUGAGGUUUUAAUUGUGUUUUUUUUUUCUGUAGAUCAGAAUUUUUUGUUUUCUUCCCCCCUCUCCCUCCCCCCGAAGGAUCUGUGAAUUGUAUUUGUCUGUCUCUGGUUCCUUUGAGCAUCGGCUGGAGUGCAUCGCAUCACAUGGGGGCAGCGACUGAAGUGAGGGGGUGGGGUGGUGGUGGCCGAGGCUCUGAACAAGGUGCAAAGCUGGUGGUCGGAAAGGUGGUUCAGUACUUCUCUAUGGUCAGCGCUGUGGGAGCACCGCACAGGCGGGAUUUAAAGGUGAAAUCUGGUCUCCUCGCAUGAGUUUGCAGCCCGGGAACAAGAGACAUGAGCUUUGCUGCAGUGUUGUGCUGCACUUGUGUUUUAACACACACCUCGUUUUCCACAGCCCUGCCUCUGCUCCAAGAACGAGCCUGUUUGACACUAUUGUUGGUUGUAAAGACAAGGGAAUUCUUCCCUCACCUCCAGCCUAUGAGCCUGUUGUACAAAAGUUCAUUUGAACUUUGCUUCCUAAGUUUCCGCCCCAUGAACUUCCUCUCUCCCUGGGACAUCCAGUCCCUUGAGGAGCUCAGAUCAUUGUGGCAGAGUUUUCAAUUCGUGCAGCCCAGGAGGCACCAUCACAGGACAGCCAGCAUCCAUUAGGCUCCCAGUAUCAGUUGACCAAUGUGUCCUUCAGGCUGCUCCACCUUCCUGGGGGAACAACUAUCCAACAAGAAACUAUCUCCAGUUCACAAAAGAAACAUUCCCAGUAUUUUAUAACUGCAAAGUAUUACAAGGAAAUGUAUAGAACAAUAAUUUUUCUGAUGAUUUAAUGUCCCUCUCUUUGAUCUUCUGCCCUGGUUUACAUCUGCUCACACUGACCUUUGCAGCAUCCAAAAUACCAGCAUUCAGACUUGCCCCGUCCCUUUUGAUCUUUAAUCACAUUGCGGUCCAGGGUUCGUUCCUCUGUCCAGACAAAUUGGGAAAAGAGACUUGAUUCCGCCAGGCACUCACCUCGCACCGACGUACCUGUACUUCUCCAUCCUGAAUUCCAGCCCAUUCCCUCAUUUAAUGCACUGUUUUGUUUUUAGAAUAUGUCAAAUUUUAACCUGUGCAUUUCCAGACACAUCACCCUAAACCUGACGAAGGGUCUCGGCCUGAAACGUCGACUGCGCCUCUUCCUAUAGAUGCUGCUUGGCCUGCUGCGUUCACCAGCAACUUUGAUGUGUGUUGCUUGAAUUUCCAGCAUCUGCAGAAUUCCUGUUGUUUACAUCACCCUAAAUAUUGUUUUCAUAUCUUGGGAGACUUAGAGUCUUCCACCACUGCUCCAAAACCUCCACCAACAGCCCCUAUCCUUCACCACUCCUCAGUCCCUGAACCACUCAGUCUUUGUUCCUGUACUCACCCCUCUGCUUCAAUUCAUUCUCCCUUGCCCUCUCCCUCUCCCCUCUGUUCCUCUGCUGACCCCGCGCCAUUUUCUCUCUCAGCCGCCUGUCUCUCCCUCCUACCCUCCCUUUCACCAUCUACCUCUCUCUCCUCCCUCUCGCCCUCUUUUCUGUGUCUGUGCUCUCUCCCUCUGCUCACUACCCCACCUCUGCUCUUCCUCUUUCAUUUGAUAUUGUGAGAGUGGAGUGGAGCCUACUGCGAAACCACUUACCUUGUUUGGGGGGUGGGGGGAAGGGUGUAAUGGUUACUGCUCGGGUUAUGCUACCACACCGAACAAGAUCCCAAACUGCAACUUUGAGCCUGUGUUGCCCUUGCUCCAACUUAACACAUAGAUCAGUUCAGCAUUUGGUUUCAAAACUGUGAUUUUUUUUAUACUCUUGUCUCAUCAUUGUCACCCCCGGUCAUGUGUCCUACUAGGAUUCCUGCUUGCAUUUGUUCAGAGUGGGCACAACUCUUUCCUUGUGUUUCACCAGCUGACCCUGAUCCAAUGUGGAUCUGUCUACCAGUGAACCAACAAUACUGUGAAUACAGCAACACUGAUCUUCUUCCACCAAACCUGUUCCGCUAUUCAAUAAAAUCAUAUUGAAUCCUGAUCAGCUGCCCCUGAAGUCUCACUAGAUCCUAAAAAGAACAUCUCUGUGCCUUAGCAUUUGUUCCCCUUAAUAAACCGAAGUCUGGCUGUUUUGAUUUGAAUUUUUCAUGUGCUCCCUCUUCUUUGGGGGAGGGAAGUGAGAUGAGAUAUUCCCAAACAUCGACCCAUGCAAUUGAAAUUGACAAAAGCAGCCAAUUAGAGACGUUAAGUGGGAAAGGUGGUGUGUGUGUGAAGCACGGGCUCAGUUUGGACCUUUCUGCAAAACGUGUGUAAAAAAAAUAUAUAUAUAUAUAUAUAUAUAUAUAAUUGACAGGAGUUUUUCUUCCCCACUUGAAAUGUACUCCACCAAAGUCUCACAUCUGACUUUCCUUUACCAUUUUUGGUAAAGUCACCACCCUCCCUGUUGUGGAGUAACCACAAAUUAUUGAUCACCCUUGCACUUAGGAGACAGUAUUGUAGAUUCCUUUUGUAUUAAAUUUCAAGAUCCACCUGGCACCAUGGACUCCAGAGAAUUUCACCUGUGUUCCCUCCGUCCCCCCCUCCAUCCACUGAGGGUAUGGCUAUCUGGCUCGAUCCACUUUCACCUUGGAUCUCCUGACAGCAGCAGAGCUGACUCAAGCGAUUGGAGUUGGGUGAUGUGGAGGGGGGUGUCAGAAGAGUAAAGACAACAGAAAAAAUGCAUGGAAUAAAAAGCCAGUGUACUGCAUGAGACUGUGUUGGUCUGUCUCUG